AUGCAGGCGCUACAGCAGCGGCUGCCGCACCUGCAGCAGCAGGCGGCUAACAACCAGGGGCGCGGAGACGCGGCCUCGGCGCUGGGCGCCUCGGCGGCGUUUUUCCAUGGCGGACGCCAAGUACAGCAGGCAGGAGGCCUCGUCGCCCGUGCAAUCGUCGCUCAACCAGCAGGUAAAGUCGCAGCAGCAGCAGCAGUUCUUCAACGCGGCGGCCAUCCCGCCCAACUACACGUACUUCCCGUUCGUGCCCCAGUACAGCAUCUACACGCCGAUGCCACCGGCCACGAACGCGGCGCACCAGGCGUCCAGCACGAGCCAGUACCCCAAGAUGGCGUACAACGCGACCUCGUUCGGCGGCUCGUACGACUCGCUGGCGUCGGCGCCGGGCGGCGACUACAAGUCGGCGGGCUUCGUCGGCUCGGCCGGCCACAAGCUGGGCGGCUCGGGCUCGGUGGGCGCCGCGGCCGACCUCAGCGCCGUCUACAGCAAGAUGCAGCUGGGCAACAAGUACGAUAACAAGGGGUUCCACGCGGCCACGCCACCGCCCUUCAAUCUGGCCGGCCAGGCGCAGACGACGCCGCUGGCGGCGCCCGGCGGCUACGCGCCGCACAUGUUCAUCCAGACGAUGCCGCCGCAGCACCAAAUGGUGCACCCGGGCCACCAGGACUCGAGCGUGGGCGGGCCGCAGCGCGCCGCCCAGCCCAGCAAGGCGGCCGCCAAGAACAGCUACGGCGGCGGCUACUGGCCGGGCAAUUAGACGGGCGCCGGCGGCCGUCGCGGGGGCGGCGACCCUCUCACGGGCAGGAGGCUGCCCUGCUGCCCGAGCCCCGGCGUCUGGCGCCGUCUCUGGCGGGCGCAGCCGGCCCGCCCCCUCGCUGUACCUACAUUGGUGAAAUGUACCGUUAUUUUUCGCUCUCGUGUGAUUUGAAACGCAAAAACGGCUUAUUGACCUUUGAUGUUUGAUGUUAAAUAUGUAGUAGGGUGUCGACACCGGUUUUGUAUAUAGGUGCUUCGCAGGACGGCACGACGGGCACAAAUUGUCUGACAGAUAAUCAUGUGUUUUUGGUACAAAGGUAUUACGGCCGAACGACAGCCAGUUUACUUGGUUCCAGUCCGAGCCCUGUACCAUGGUUUUAACCUCAGCCUGUCCGGAGACGCGGUCCUAUACCUUCAGACCUGUGAUACGGACAACCGCGACAGACGCCUGUGUCCUGGGGAGGGGUAUGCGCCACGCGCUCCGUACACAUUGGGCAUUCGAGGAGCGGCCGAGUUUGCGCUGGUUGUAUAUACUGCGCGGUUCGCGCCAGCGCGCCGUUUGAAAAUUAGGUGUCGCGAUAACUUACUACUUUCGUGUUUUGUAAAGCUUUCUUGGAGGUACUUCGCCGUCAAUACAAAACAAAGACGU